GAGCUUUCACUGUAUCUAGUUAUAUUGCAAUACUGUAUUGGUUCUAGCAUCAUACUCUUUUAAUCACUGUCACUUAUCAGUUACUGAUGUAUCAUGGCCUUUAGUGCUUAAGCAUUACUCAUCCUCCUGGAUCUUGAACACUCCAUCUGGAUUUUCACACUAUCUGAAGUAGGACAUCUCUUUCCUGUGCUCCCAGGGUGACUCAGUUACAGACUUAUUUUUUUUUACAGGAGAGGCUGAAAAGUGAUUGAUCGCCAAGGCCAGGACACAAAGGCCAGAGAGUGAGAGUGUGUGUGGAGGGAGUGUAGGUGACACAGGAGCAGACAUUCGGAGCUCCUCCCUCUCCUCUUUGCUGGCUAUUUUUGGCCUGAGUGUGACAGUGAGAGCAUGCUGUACCCCUGACAGCUGGGCCCAGGGGCCAAAUCAAAACAAGGCUGCACCUCGUGCACUUGUUGCAUGAACAGGACCAUCACUACAGCCAACUGGAGGUACAGUAAGGACAGUAAGGAGAUUCUUUGGUGAGCAAGCUUUCUCCUGCUUACGAGCCAUCCCACUCUGAGCUCAGUGGCACAUCUGGGUGAGGGAACAUUAAUAAAGCCUGAAUCAAAAUGACUGACUUAGUUUCUUCAAAUGAAGAGGAUAAGGAUCCUGACAUUGAGUUGUUCGUAAAGGUCUGUGUUUUAGUGUUUGGUCAGCAGCACUUGGUCAGUGAAGCAGAAGUACUGAAGUGCUGAGCUGAAAUGGACAGGUGUCUCAGUAGCACUCUCUCUGCCCAGGAGGCACACUCCCUCCUGAAUUAUUUCUGCCUUCCUAUCAACACUGCAACGCUCUAAUUCCUCUGUGGGAGUGCUACACUAGGCUAAAUCAGAUCAGUGCUAGUGUCUGUCGCUUGCUCUAUCAGGUUUGGCAGAGCACCGAUAACACUUAAAGAUGGUGGAAAUGAUGAGACUAUUGCAGUGUCUAUUGAAAGAUCAGAUCAGUUGCAUCAUCAGCUGAAGUACUGCAGGCAGUGAUGGGGAGAGCAUUGGGAACUGUCCCUUCUCCCAAAGACUCUUCAUGAUCCUAUGGCUGAAAGGGGUGGUAUUCAAUGUCACCACUGUUGAUCUGAAAAGGAAACCACCAGAUCUACAUAAUCUGGCGCCUGGAACACACCCACCUUUUCUCACCUUCAAUGGAGAGGUGCGGACUGAUGUCAACAAGAUCGAGGAGUACCUAGAGGAGAUGCUAGCACCUCCGAAGUACCCAAAGCUAGCGACAAAAAACAGGGAAUCAAAUACAGCAGGAAAUGACAUCUUUGCUAAGUUCUCUGCAUACAUAAAGAACACAAAACCUGAGGCUAACACAAGUCUACAGCGAGGGUUACUGAAGGCUCUGAAGAAACUAGAUGACUUCCUUAACUCUCCUCUACCUGAGGAGAUCGAUGCAGAUAGCAUGGAGGAGGAGAAGUGCUCCACUCGUAAAUACCUUGAUGGCAAUGAAUUAACACUAGCAGACUGCAACCUUCUCCCUAAACUUCACGUUGUCAAGGUUGUUUCUAAGAAAUACCGUAACUUUGAGAUACCAUCAGAGUACACUGGAGUGUGGCGCUAUCUACAGAACGCCUAUGCACGGGACGAGUUCACCAACACGUGUGCAGCUGACAGAGAGAUUGAACUGGCUUACCAGGAUGUAGCCAGGCGGCUGGGCAAGUGAAACCUAGUUCAAGAGCAUAGUGCAUUUUUGCGGACAAAACUGCAGUGAGAUGAGACUCCUUUAUCGUAUGGAUGCGUUUAAUACAUUUGCUAAAUAAUACAUGACAUUAACUUUUUUCAGGGGGAAUUUAUUGUGCAGCUUUAUUGUGUGUGUUGCCUUGAGGACGCCAUAUUGGAUUGGUCCUAUAAAUGCCCUAGAUAGACUGUUGCCUGGUCUGAUGCUGCCUGUGUACAUUUUACAUGUCGCUGCCAUUUUGCUCCCUGGGUGCAAAUGGCACAAAUCUGUCUAAUCAGCAACUCUGUAAUGGGCUUGAGAAAAGACUGUGCCACUAAAAUAGUUCUAUUAAAAUCUCUGCAGCCUUCAUUCUCUUGAAAUGCACAAGGCAGCAUAUUUCAUUUGCUUCCACUCUGUUAUAAUACUUUAUGCAUUCAGAUCACCAGAGUUAAAUAAACCUGCAGUGCUCUCCAAAAAUCCAGUUUAAAUAUGCACAAAUUACACAUAGUCAACUGAAUGCUAUCCAAUUUGAUUCUGCACUGAAUCUAUUACAUUUAUGAUCUUGUCAUUAUCUUUGAUCAAGAGUUUUACUUUUGUGCAGUUUGGUUCUUUUUGUAUUCUGAGAACAUGUUAAUAUGCCUCACAUGCAACAUGUUCUUUGCUUUAAAGCUUAUUUAUUGUAAAACUGCUAUACACUUAACUGUAUGAUUAACUGUACAUGCUGACAUUUAAUGUUUAUUUGAGAACAGUAUUGGAUUUUGAGACUGAACUUCAGUAAACCACAAACACAUUCAUUCCCUGCACUCCUUGUGAAGAUUUGUGCAGUGUAUUCUACUUUACAGGAGUUGUCACAGGUCUUAGUUAAGAAAACAACGCCAUCUUGUGAUGAAGCAGUAGAAGUUAAAAAAGCAAUGGUACACUAAAGCAAUGGUACACAAAAUCUACCAUCAAGGGCAAAAGUUUGCAUACUCUUAAGACACCAUUGAGAAAACUAAGAAAUGGAAUGAUCAGUUUAACAGACCUUCCUUCAUUAUCACAAUUACUCAAAAUGUUAUUAACUCUCUGCCAGUUCUGCAAACAUUUGCCCUCAGAUGUACCAGUUUUCCUUCACUGUUCUAUUUAAUUCACAUAAGCCAUUUUAUGUGAUUCUACACUGCGUGUGAGUGAGCUAAAAUAGUGACAUGGUAGUAUAAUUAUUAGCAUUUUUAUUAAUAAUGAUAUAACUGUUCAUGUACAAUGUCCCAAAUAAUUUGUUAAUGAACUUUUGGAUAGAUCUUGCAUAUUUCUGUCCUCUGCUAUAUGCCACAGUGGUUGUACUGAAAUCUCUUCUAAUGGCAAAUAAAUCUAUUUUUAUAAUG